UUUUAUUCGAUAUUGCUACUUUCCGCUUUAUCGCGAAGUUGAUUAUUUAUCUCAAAGUGUGAGAGAUUGGAGGUCCGCUCGCAACGGGAGAAAAGAGCCAGUGCCGCGCAAAGCCCAAAGUCUUCACGUCGCAGAACGUGGACGUUGGAACCACGCGGUCAAUGCAACAAUCAAUAACUUUACAUCAAAACCUCUUGACAGUUCGCGAAAAUGCUUCACGUGUGUUGUAACAUAGAAAUCUUGCCUGUGGCUCUAUCAUAGUUUAGGAUAAUCGGAUUGUGUGUUCGAGACAUGGUGGAACAAGCUGUAAUCCCGCUGGUCAACAUUGAUGAGCCACAAUGGGACCAGAACACCUACUGGGGACGAGCAAAAUACUUUUUCACCACAGCCAACCCCAUAAAUAUCCUUCGCACAUCGAAAGAACUAGACGAGGCCAGGGAAAUCGUUCUCAAGUACAAAGCGGGAGAGCAGCUGGUCGGAAAAACUUUGGAAGAUGUGUACAAGGCAAAAUAUAUUAUGGAUUCUGCUUUCCACCCGGAUACAGGCGAGAAAAUGGUAUUAUUCGGACGAAUGUCCGCUCAGGUUCCCUGCAACAUGGUCAUUGUCGGGGCCAUGAUGACAUUUUACAAAUCAACCCCUGCAGUGAUAUUUUGGCAGUGGGUCAACCAGUCUUUCAACGCUCUUGUCAACUAUACGAAUCGCAGUGGGGCUGAUCCCAUGCCAAUCGAGCAGGUUGUGAAGUCUUACUGUGCGGCAACUGGAGGUGCCCUGGGAACUGCUUUAACUUUGAACAAAUUAGCAAAGCGAGCUCCUCCACUCGUCAGCCGAUUGGUUCCUUUUGCCGCAGUGGCCGCAGCUAACUGUAUCAAUAUACCUCUUAUGCGGUAUCG